UGUCAUCUCAGCUUCAUUGCUUUGGUGCAGUUAAGAUGAAGUUCACAAUUGUCUUUGCUGGACUUCUUGGCAUCUUCCUGACUCCUACUCUUGCUGGCUAUGAUAUCAAUGUCAAUGAUAACAACAACAGUGGUGGAAGUGGGCAGCAGUCAGUGAGUGUCAACAACGAACAUGGCGUGGCCAAUAUUGACAAUAACAACGGAUGGGGUUCCUGGAAUUCCCUCUGGGAUUACGAAAGUGGCUUUGCUGUAAUCAGAUCCUUUAAGAAGAAGUCGUGCAUUGUGCACAAAAUGAACAAGGAAGUCAUGCCCUCUAUUCAAGCCCUUGAUAUGCUGGCCAAGAAAAACAAGCUUCAGGGUAGAGGACCAGAGGCACCACCUCCCAAAAGCCUGAUCUACUCAGUCAAGCAUGACAAAGUCAACAACCUGGACCAGUUUGGAAAAUCCAUUGUUACCAUGUGCAAGGGGAUUCCAACAUACAUGGCUGAAGAGAUUCAGGGAGCAAACCUGAUUCUGUACCCAGAAAAGUGCAUCAAGGUUGAUAUACUCUGGAUUCUGAACAUUUCCUUAUGUGGAGAAGCAAUGGAGAACUAAAAAAAAAGUUCCUGUGCGUUUAGUCAUCAGAAUUUUCUAUUCAGAAAAAUGUGGGUUCUAAUGGUGUUUAUCAUAUCAUUCUGAAAUAUUCUCGCCUAGUCCUGUUUGGUUUCCUUAAAUGUCAAUAAACCUAUUUAGCACUGA